AUGCCUGCAAAGAUCGACACAGAACUAAACUUGCGAUUCUUGUACAUCUGCUUCAAGCAUUCAAACUUUAGCACAGUCGACUUUCAUGAGGUCGCUUCCUACUUCCAGAUCAAAGCUCCAGCCGCUCGCAUGCGCUUGAUGCGUCUUCGUCAAGCCUUGGAAGCAGAGUCUAGUCGAGAAGGCUUCAAGGAAAGAGACCGAAAGCGUCGUCUCAAUCCGUUCAAGGCCAAGGAAAAGACGUACGCACUUCAUGAUGGCGAAGACGACGACGAUGAGAGUCUUGACGACAUGCCGUUGAUGCAACGCCUUCAUGCGCGCAUGAUGCGUAUCAAGCGUGAAGAAGGUCUCAUGAUCAAGGACGAAGAUGGCACUUUGGUCAAGGGUGAAGACGACGCGAUGAUCAAGAACGAAGAUGAUGGAUUCUGGAGCAAGAAGGAAGAAGACCUGGAUGAGCAGGAUGACAAGAGACUGGUCAAGAAAGAAGGACUUGGCUCUCCAUUCUUGAAGAGUGAGAUCGAUCCGAUUGACAUGGAGGAUGUUGUCAAGUCCGAGACUCAUGGCUUGACCUACGCUCCUUCUCCGGUUCAGCAAAACGCACGAGCACCCUAUCCCAGCCUGGGCCAUGCAGGGAUCACACCCAAGCCCGAGCACAUGUAUUCUCUUGCUAUCCAACAUCCAGCACCAUAUUCUGGUCUAGUCAAGAUGGGGAUUGACACGAAGCGCAAUGACUACGGCUAUGGCAACCAACAUUCACAGGCCGCUCUUGCCAACCCCAGCCACUUCAACUUCCGCGUCUAUGAGCAACCAAACAACCUCGACCCCUUCGCUCAAACCCAAAGCAACUUGUCAAAGCCAGAGGACACCAACAAUGCCGCUCCCUUCCUCGGCUACAACUCACUGCCCCAUCCUGACACCUAUAACCCCUUCACACACAUCAAGCCUGAAACCCCCCACGGAAGUGCCCACAUCACCCCUCCCUCUGAGCACAACUCGCCUUUUCGUCUGGACAUGUUCAACACCGCUCUACCCAACUCUCAGACUCCUGUUGGCGAACAAGUCAGAUCUAGGUUGAGCUUUGUCGAUUCUGUCACCAGUUCGCCUCGUAUCAAGGAUGAUGUUUCCGAGACUGCUUCUGAGCAGGGUUAUCCGUCACCUGCCGUUCAUCAGUCUCGUCAGGAUCAGUUCAGAUAG